AUGACCGAUAAACUUGAAAUCCCAAAGUCCAUGCGCGCAGCUGUAGUCAAAGACUUCAAUAAAGGCUAUGAAGUUCGCGACAUGGACGUACCGACUGAUCUCGGACCAAACGAUAUCCUCGUCAAAAUCGCAGCUGCAGGCUACUGCCACACAGAUCUUCAAGUAGAGCAAGGUGUCUACGAAUCAUCCGGCGCAAAACCAGGUCUUGUCGGAUCUCAUGAGCCAGCAGGUGAAGUAGUGAAAGUAGGCUCAAACGCAGAUCAAUCCGGCAUUCAUGUCGGCGAUCGCGUGGGCUCAAUCAAUACCUAUGCUUUCUGCGGAGAGUGCAAUGCAUGCAAGACCCAGGGUCAGCAGCUUUGUGAGAAAUUGGUCGGGAUGCUGGGAUUGACUAUCAAUGGUGGAUUCGCGCAGUAUAUGAAGGCGGAUGCGCGUGUUGUUGCAAAAAUCCCAGAUUCUGUUCCAUGGGCAGAAGCUGCGCCGUUGUUCUGUGCUGGUGCGACUGUUUAUGGUGCGCUGAUGGCGUCGGGUAUUAAGCCGGGACAGUGGCUGGCUAUCAUUGGUAUUGGGGGACUUGGACACUUGGGUGUUCAGUAUGCUAAGGCUUUGGGUGCGAAGGUUAUUGCGAUUGAUAAUCGGAAAGAAGGUAUUGAGACUGCGUUGUCGGUCCCGGAGCAUUUGCGACCUGAUAAGACUUUCGUGGUUGAUUCGGAUGAAGCGGAGAAGAAGGUUGUUGGAGAGCUGCAGUCUUCGUUUUAUGAUUCUAACCCUGGUGUUGAUCGUGUUGUUAUCAAUGCCGAGGCGCGGAGCUUGAUCAAGUUCUCGCAGCAGUUCUUGAGGAAGGGUGGUGUGUUGGUUGAUGUUGGGUUACCGUCUGAGUGGACGUUGGAGGUUGAUCCUUUUGCUCUCUCGUUUAAGGAGCAGACUGUGAAGGGGAGGUUGAUCUGUACACCCGAGCAGAGUCAGGAUAUGAUUAAUCUGCAUGCGAAACAUGGGUGCAAGUGUUAUAUCGAGAAGACUUAUGGGGUGGAGCAGAUUAAUGAGAUGUAUGAGCAUUACCAGAGGAAAGAUCUGAAGGGUCGUUUGUGCAUGGUCUUUUGA